GGCCAGGCACAAAGUACAUCCAACUGUCGCGUUAAAACGAUUAAAACACUCGCGCACAACAUACCUAUCAUUUAAUGUAAACUUAUAAAAGGUAGUGUAUGAGUACUUGUUGGCUGCAAUAGCUGAUAUCAACUGCCGAGAAUUCAUCAAUAAUACUUUCAUAUAAUUACAUAAUUACAAUAAUUAUCUAUUAAUUAUUGUUGUUGUUAUUAUUAUUAUUGCACACACGAUGACGACGAUUACAUUGAUAGCUGCGUUGCUCGGUUGUCUUUUGAUACAUCCAUCUGUUCUUACAUCGACCGCCGCAAGAGUACCAAAUUCAGAUUUGCCGUUCGAGUUUAACUUAGAUAAAGGAUCUGUUAUUACCGAAGAUAACAUUCUCACCCAAUCAGUGUCUAGUGACGGACAAAAUGUUAUCAAAACAAAUAAACCACAGCCAAUAAUACAUUAUCAAAGCGAUAAUAAAGAUAAAAAUAAGUCGUCUAAACAACAGAAUAAGAAUAAAAAACAACAAAUAGAAAAUAAUGCGGCGAACGGUGCAACCAAGUAUCCUACUGAGCAUUCGAGUGUAUCGUAUUAUAGCAAUAAUCCAAUAAUGGAUCAAUUUAGGUUUUUUGAAAAUCUCAGCAAAUAUUUUCCUGGAAUUGCCAACACGAGAAUUCAAUACAUUUGAAAACACAAAGAGGCGCAUUUAAAAUAUAUGAAAAUAUGACCAUUUUCAUGCAAAAUCACAGUUUAACAGAUAAUUAUGGUAUUUAAUAAAAUAAUGAUAACUAUAUUUUUGUGAAAAAUAUAYACAAGUAAUUUUGUUUUA